AACAAGUUGUUUGAAACUUUAGUUUACAAUUGCAUGACAUGAAGAGAACAUUAAUAUUAUAAAAGAUUUUUGCUUACUGGCAAAAUUUGUAAAAUUCAGUGAUUUUUCUGAGAGAAGGAAAAAAGUUCGACUGCCAUCGUUCAGCGAGAAUUCGUUAAUCUAGACUUUAUAUUUUUUGUUGGGAACUUUUAACAUUUAUAUGCAGAUGAAAAUGAGCGACACUGACGAAGGGAGAGGAUCCCCUUGCACCCAGCCCUCCACGGAACAGCUCCUCAAGGCUGUUCGGGGGGCAGGGCCCCUCACAGAGGCCGAGAGUCUCCUCAGCAAAGCCAACUUGGACGAGUCUGGAAAGUUUCCGAAACAAAUUCAGGAUGCCGUUUCCCAAGUCUUGAAAGGAUAUGACUGGUCUCUGAUCCCGAUGCCUCAGAGGGGACCCAACGGAGAGAAGAGGAAGCCCCACAUAAAACGACCCAUGAAUGCUUUCAUGGUAUGGGCUCAGGCUGCUAGGAGAAAGCUAGCCGAUCAGUAUCCACAUCUUCAUAACGCCGAACUUAGCAAGACUCUUGGAAAACUUUGGAGACUUUUAAACGAGGAAGAGAAAAGACCAUUUGUUGACGAAGCUGAGAGGCUCCGAGUUCAACACAAAAAAGACUACCCAGACUACAAAUACCAACCCCGCAGACGAAAGCCCCUAAAAAGCGCCAAUGGCAACCCCGCCGAUUCUGCUGGAGGCAUGUCUCACGCCAUGAUGUUCAAGGGCAUGCAAGGUUCCCCCACGGGCAUGAGUGACGGGGAUUCCAGCGAUUGUUCCUCCCACAACAACCACGGGCCUCCCACUCCCCCUGCCACCCCUAACCAACACGAGCUGAUCAACCUUAAAUCCAUGGCUGACCGCAUGCGCGCGGUGCGCCACAUUUCAGGAGGACACCAGAACUCAAUAGAUUUCAGUCGAGUUAAUUUGGAACUUGCCCCAGAAGCCGUAGCUUACAAUGAUCUGGAUGAAUUCGAUAGAUAUUUGCCAACCACUGCUGCCAACCCAGCCAUUCAAGGAGAAAACGACCAAUAUACUCCUUAUGGUAUGACGUCAGGCACCACUAGUACGUCAUCAUCCUGGACCAGCUCUUACAGGGCCCCCGGUUCCAUGUGUUUGCCAAACUACAACAUGACACAAAACAAUGACAUCUCCACCCCAUACGAUUUGUCCAACCAUCGCUCGCCGCCAAGCGGCAAUCCUUCUCAUUCUCCCAACAUGCAUAGUCCAUCCUACCCCAGCAGCGCCAGUGACUGUAAAUAUUCGGAUCACGAAGAAUCCAAUCCUUCCGUGAAGCUGGAGCCUCUGAGCGGGCGCACACAAUCCUCCAGCCAGCAAUACAGCUACAGCCUGUCUCCACCACCCCGAUAUGGCAUGGACGGUCACCAUGGCAACUCCUACGUGUCUCAAGGGAACAAUUCCUACUCCUCUUCCUCCUCCUCCACUGGCUCUCAGCCCUAUCAGUUCAUGGGCAUGAAUCGUCAAAUGUUUAACCCCAUCCCCGCCGCGGUACCCGCGGACCAACAGUGGGAUAGAUACGCCUAAAAAUUUGGACUAUACUAUUCGUGUGAUAUCGGACAUGACUGUAUCGCUGUGAUCUCUCGGAACACCUCGUCCGUGAUCUUCUCGUUUAUAUGUCAAGAUGUGCGAAUGCUAAAUUGGUUUUUUUUAACUAUAUACAAGAGAUGGAUGAUUGGGGUAUUUUUUUCUGGAGAAACUUGAUAAAGUUUCAUAUUUUUAUUCUCUUUUUUUUCUCUUUUCUUCUUGUGUGUGCAUGGAUGAUAAUUUUUUGUAACUUAUCCAUUGUGUUUUAUAACUUUCUAUGUAUAUGACUCGCAGAGAAUAAAGUCCCCCUUGAGAAAUCAUGCCAUUUGCUUGUUUUCACCGGUGCUAAGGUGUUCGAAUCCAGUAUUGAGUACUGCGUGGCCAGCAGUACAUCGAAGACUUUGAUAACAUAAUAUAUUUAUUUUUAUAUCUCUUCUAUUGCCAAAUGAUGUUUUGUAUGUAUACAAUUAAGUCUUCCACUUUAUAUUUGAUAUUCAAAUGAACUCUAUAUGGGAGGAAUCAAUCAUCGGCUUUUUGAUAUUUAUCCUUUACGAAGACGCAAUCGAACAAAAAAAAAAAAAUUCUAUGCAUUUAUUAUCAUAUAUCAUUUAUUAAUUUAUGUAUAUUUUGAUACUGUUGUAUAUAUUUGUAAAAAAAUAAAAUAAUCUUUUCCCAG